CUCUCUCACUCUCUCCAAUAAUAAUGUCACAAUAACUCUUAUAGUAUUGAGAGAGAAGAAAGAGAGGUCGAGAGGAACCCACCACAUUUUUUCGCUUUCUAGGAAAACCAUAUUGAGAGAGAGAGAGAGAGAGAGAGAGAGAGAGAGGAAAUUAAGAAAGCUGAGUGAAGAAGAUGAUGAUCUUAUGAAGAGAGAGAGAGAGAGAGAGGGGUCGGCAAGACAACAAAUACUAGUGUUGUCUACUACUACUACUACUAAAUGUAUCUUAUAACACAACAAAGAGAUACUAGAGCUUAGUAAAGGGUCGUUAUUGCUUUCUUUUUUACUUCUCCUCCUCAUCAGUCUCUUCUACUUCUCUUUCUCACUGCCCCAUCUUCCAGAGAAAACUCAGUCAUCUCUCCCUCCCAGGCCCCAACAUUUUAUUUAUUUAUUUCUUGCUCUCACAAAAGCCAAAGUGACAGUUGUGUUCAGUGUUCCUAUUGUCUGUAUACUACUCUAGCAACAGAAACCCCAGAGCCUAGCAGCAGCAGCAGGCCACAACUGUAGCAGCAACCAGUCCUACUUGGAGAAAAAAGAAGGGAAAAGAAUAACAAAGCCCACCCCAACAAACAAGAUCUCUUUCUUUCUGCUAUUGUUCUCUCUCUCAACAAAUCUCCCUUUCUCUGAUACAAUUUCAGAGUUCUUGACCCCACUUCGAUCACAUAACACCUACAUACACACAUCCUUGGAUUUAGCUUCCCCUUCUAAAAAUCUAAUCUAUCCUCCCUUCUCUCUCUUCUAUAAUUAUCAUAAAAACGCACUCAUCUUGUAUAUUUACUUACAUAACAUAUAUAUAUAUAUAAUAUUGUUUUUUCUUAUUUCUUACAAAAUUAUCAGUUGUGGCUACUACAAGGAUUAGGCAGCUCCUAUCAGACACCGGUGCCUUUGCUGACUGGGCCACCUCUAAUUCCUCCGGUAUCCGUACCGCUGGUCCAGACGACCUCUCACUCGGCUUCAAUGCCGGUCCCACCGCCGCGGAUGCAUCCGCCGGCCAAGCAUCCGGUACAACAUGGCCUAACUCAUCCAGGUCCAUCAACUACAACCUCCCUCCAGAUAUAGGCAUGGUGGGCCUUCGCGAUGUCUUCGUUGUGGCUCCUGCUGCUCCCUUCAACCACCACCACCACCACCACCACCAGCAUCAUGAGCAAAUCAAUCUUUCAACAGCAGAUCCAAUCAAUGCUUCCAAUGCUACAGCUCUUGGUGUUGGGGUGGGUGUUGGUGUCAUUCCACUCCUUACAUCAGCGCCUUGUCUUACGCCACAAAACAUGGAUGAUCAAGAUUUGUUGCAUAAUGGUCGAAACAAGAUUAGUGGAAUUCAUCAGUUUUGGCAAAACCAAGGCACUCAAUAUAUCAAGAAAGCUUCUGACACCACCCAUUCGAUUAUUGAUCAUCACAAUAAUUCUUCAACAGCGAAUUUUCUACUACAAAGUGGAAAUGGUGGUGGUAAUGGUAGUGGAAAUCUUGGAGGGAAUUCAUCAUCGUCUGCCACAACUACGUGUGAGGAUUGUGGAAACCAAGCGAAGAAAGAUUGUAGCCAUAGAAGGUGCAGGACGUGUUGUAAAAGCCGUGGUUUUGAUUGUGCUACUCAUGUGAAGAGCACGUGGGUAGCGGCUGCGAGGAGGAGAGAGCGUCAGCUUAUAGCAACUGCUGGUGGUGGUGCUGGUUCCACGGGGUCUACUUCUGGUUCCAAGAAACCUAGGCUUAUAAACUCUCAAGCUACUACUACUUCUCAUACUUCCACUUCUAAUACGACUCCUCCAAGGAGCUACGACACGAGUUCUAGUCACCAAGAUGCAGGUUUUAAAGAGAGAUUACCGGUGCAAGUAACUGCACCAGCAGUUUUUAGGUGUGUUAGAGUGACAGCAGUGGAAGAUGGUGAAGACCAGUAUGCGUAUCAGGCUGUGGUGAAGAUUGGUGGUCAUGUUUUCAAAGGGUUUCUAUAUGACCAAGGAGUUGAAACAAGAGAUGGGUUCCCUAAUAUAUCUGAAUUGCAUUUGGGUGCUGCUAACGGUGGUGGCGGCGGCGGCGCAGGGAGACAUGGGGCCUCUUCUUCCCCGAUUCUCGAUCCUUCAGAUGUUUAUGGUGCUUCUGCUGGAGGGUUACUAGGAGGUUCGGCCUUUGGAAAUCCAAUAAAUUAAGCUUCUUGGUUUUAGCAUUCUCGCUCCUCAAUUCUACUUGCCUUUUGUAAUUGCACUUUGAGGAUCCUCACAUAGCAAAGAAGCUGCCUUAUCUCACUAGUAGAGAAUUCCUGUAUCAAAUUUUAGAAAAGAUAGUUAAUAAAAUUUCAAAAAUCCUAUUCCACCAGAUGUAUUAGUUCUGAAACUGCGAUGAAAAAAAAAUCUGUUUGUUUUCUUGAA